UACGUGUAUCAGAGAGAUAAAAUUGAAGAUGAAUUAGAAAUGACUACAGUGUGCCAUAGACCCGAAGGACUGGAACAGCUUGAAGCACAAACCAAUUUCACUAAAAGAGAACUUCAAGUGCUUUACAGAGGAUUUAAAAAUGAGUGUCCUAGUGGGGUUGUUAAUGAGGAAACGUUCAAACAGAUCUACGCACAGUUUUUUCCUCAUGGAGAUGCUAGCACGUAUGCACAUUAUCUCUUCAACGCAUUCGACACCGCGCAGAACGGCUCAGUCAAGUUUGAGGAUUUUGUGAUGGCACUGUCCAUUCUGUUGCGGGGAACUGUUCAUGAAAAGCUAAGAUGGACAUUUAAUCUGUACGACAUAAAUAAGGAUGGCUAUAUAAACAAGGAGGAAAUGAUGGACAUCGUAAAGGCCAUUUACGAUAUGAUGGGAAAGUACACCUAUCCAGUGCUCAAAGAAGAUGCACCAAGGCAGCAUGUAGAAGUAUUCUUCCAGAAAAUGGAUAAAAACAAGGAUGGUGUCGUAACUUUAGAUGAAUUUAUUGAAUCAUGUCAGGAGGACGACAACAUCAUGCGAUCCUUGCAGCUCUUUGAGAACGUCAUGUAGCCGUGUCCGGCGAGCGCUGGAGGAGCCAGACUUACUGUGUAACAAAGUUCUCCUUUCUCGGUGAAAGCUUUUUACGAUUCAGCCAUGUCAGUGUGUGAGGGUUUUGUAUGACAUCUCCAACCCAAUGGCAACCGAAUGCAACCGAUCCCAACGCUCUCACCAGGAGAUGCUGGUGGACCUUUGUUUCGUUUUGGAAGCAUGUGAAUAUUUUAAUAAAUCCUGACAAGAG